AUCCACCGCGCACGCGCUCCCGUUCCCGUCGAACAACCAACAAACCCAGCGAGCCGCGGCGCCUCGGCCUGCCUCUCCCUCCCUGUCUGGUCGAUCGACUCGCCUCCGAUGGCGGCAGCGGCGGGGAAGAAGACGCGGGUGGGGCCGUACGAACUGGGCAAAACGAUCGGGGAGGGCAGCUUCGCCAAGGUCAAGCUCGCCCGCCACUCCCGCACCGGCGAACUCUUCGCCAUCAAGGUGCUCGACCGCAACCACGUCCUCCGACACAAGAUGGUCGAGCAGAUCAAACGGGAGAUUUCGACUAUGAAGCUAAUCAAACAUCCUAAUGUCGUCCAGUUGCAUGAGGUUAUGGCUAGCAAAUCAAAGAUAUACAUGGUUCUUGAAUUUGUUGACGGAGGCGAGCUGUUUGAUAAGAUCGUCAAUUCUGGGAGGCUAGGAGAAGAUGAAGCAAGGAGAUACUUUCAUCAACUUAUAAAUGCAGUUGAUUAUUGCCAUAGCCGAGGAGUGUACCAUAGAGAUCUGAAGCCAGAGAAUUUGCUUCUUGACUUAAAUGGAGCUCUUAAAGUUUCAGACUUCGGCCUGAGUGCGUUUGCACCACAAACAAAAGAGGAUGGACUUUUGCAUACUGCUUGUGGAACUCCAAAUUAUGUUGCACCUGAGGUGCUUGCUGAUAAAGGUUAUGAUGGUAUGGCUGCUGACGUAUGGUCCUGUGGCAUAAUCUUAUUUGUCCUUAUGGCUGGAUAUUUACCCUUCGAUGACGCCAAUCUGAUGAGACUUUACAAAUUGAUCUGCCAGGCAAAUGUUUCUUGUCCUCCAUGGUUUUCUUCCGGUGCAAAGAAGUUCAUUAAGCGUAUUCUCGAUCCUAAUCCUAAUACGAGGAUAACAAUUUCAGAAAUUUUGGAAAAUGAAUGGUUCAAAAAGGACUAUAAGCCACCUCAUUUUGAACAAGGUGAAGAUGUUAGCCUUGACGAUGUUGAUGCUGCAUUCAAUGAUUCAGAGGAACAUCUUGUGGCGGAGAAAAGAGAAAAACCGGAAUCCAUGAAUGCAUUUGCUCUUAUUUCAAGGUCACAAGGCUUCAACCUUGGAAAUUUAUUUGAGAAGGAGAUGAUGGGAAUGGUAAAGCGGGAAACAUCCUUCACAUCUCAAUGUACACCACAAGAGAUCAUGUCUAAAAUAGAAGAAGCUUGUGGACCACUUGGUUUCAAUGUGCGGAAACAAAAUUAUAAGAUGAAAUUGAAAGGCGACAAGACUGGAAGAAAAGGCCAUUUAUCUGUAGCAACGGAGGUUUUUGAGGUUGCUCCGUCACUUCACAUGGUUGAGCUUCGUAAAACCGGAGGAGACACAUUGGAGUUUCACAAUUUCUACAAGAGUUUCUCAUCAGAAUUGAAAGAUAUAGUGUGGAAAUCUGAAUCUGACGCAAGUAAGAAACAGACAAGGUGAUAGCUGUGUGAGCUGUGUUUUUCUUCUGGUGCCAAAUUGCUAGACCAUCUCGCAGGUGAUACCAAAUGGUACUGUAUGUUUUCUUUCGGAUGCCACAUUGACGGUGAAUCUCUUGUAAAAGGGAGCGCUUUUUUACUAGCGCGAUUGUACACAUGUAUGAAGAGGCCCUCCCGGAGAUGAUCUUAAUAUUGCACUGGGUGUCGAAUAGGCAUCCCUGAUGCUCUUUGGUUGUCACCAGGGUUGAGUGUGCCUUUGUUUUAUUUAGUGUUGAAAAUGUUGAAGAAUCAGUAGAUGAAUGAUAAUA